AUGAACGCCUUUGGACCGCAGCAAGCUUCCAGCCAGCAGAGCAGCAGCAGCCAUCCCGCACACGACCUCCUGGACAUGGCGGUGUAUUGUGACAACUACGGCGUGUACCAGCACCAGAACCUCCACCACCUGCAUCACCCUCAAAGGCCCCCCAACCACCCCGCCGGCUACGGCCUUAGCGACUACGCCGCCCCGCCCACCAACCCCUACCUGUGGCUCAACAACUCCCCCGCCUCGCCCUACCUGCCCGCCGGCUGCGGUGGAGGAGGCGGCGGUGGCGGCGGCUCAACUUUCCUCCAGUCUCCCGGCUUCAGCUCCGGCAGCCACCGGCAGCUCCUAACGGCGCCUAGCGGGCUCGGAGGCGCCGACCUGGGCUGGCUGUCCAUCUCCAGCCAGCAGGAGCUCUUCAAGAUGGUCCGACCCCCGUACUCGUACUCCGCGUUGAUUGCCAUGGCUAUCCAGAACGCGCAGGACAAGAAGCUGACCCUGAGUCAAAUUUACCAGUACGUGGCUGAUAAUUUCCCUUUUUACAAGAAAAGCAAAGCUGGCUGGCAGAACUCCAUCCGGCACAACUUGUCCCUCAACGACUGCUUCAAGAAGGUGGCUCGAGACGAGGAUGACCCCGGUAAAGGCAACUACUGGACGCUAGACCCCAACUGCGAGAAAAUGUUCGACAACGGCAACUUUCGGCGCAAGAGAAAGCGGCGAGCCGACAUUAGCACCGUGGCUGAGAAGCCCGACUCGGACGCCCAGCACAAGCUCUCCGACACGGCCAGCCUGCUGAGCUCGUCCCCGCCAAGCCUUCGCGGUUCGCCGGCCUCCACGGAGCCCCGCUCGUCGCCGCCCAACUCGGCCGAGCACAGUCCGUGUUUCGCCGGCUUCGUAUCCGGCGUCAACACGCUGAUGGCCGGCGGACCCGAAGCCUCGUCCAGGGUCCCCGAGCGGGACUUUGGCACGGAGUUUUCCCAAACCCGUGAAGGCAUGUCCGGACUGGGCUCUUAUUCGCCCUCCAUAUUUUCCGACGGAAGAAUGAACUAUUACAACCUCAGCAAUCACUUUACUGUCAACAACCUCAUAUACAACCGGGAAGGAACUGAAGUUUAA